AUGACCGCCGAGUUCGAAGACCAAGACGACAACUACGUGUCGGAAGAAGACUCUGACUUUGCGCCAGAUGACGCGGCCGAGGAAGACGAGUCCCUGUCCAGCGACGACGAUGAGGCUGCGGAGGGCGAGAGCGCCCCUGCAAAACCCGACCGCAAAAGGCCAGCAGCCGACAGCAGUGCAGAUGACGUCGGCUUUGAGAACUCGGGCGACGAGGCUAUAAUAGAGCGCGGCAAAAAAAACAAAAGAGACAUCAGGAAAAAGCUGGCGCCGACGCGGAUAGGGAGGAAGAGGACGGGCCAUUAA